UGUGUGUGUGUGUGUGUGUGUGUGUGUGUGUGUGCGCAGGUGUGCAAACACUUCCUGGACGCCAUCGAGAGCAACAAGUACGGCUGGUUCUGGGCGUGUCCGUCAGGCGGAGAAGUCUGCAUGUACCGCCACGCUCUGCCACCAGGCUUCGUCCUGAAGAAAGACAAGAAGAAGGACGAGAAGGAGGAAGAGAAGAUCUCACUGGAGGAGCUGAUCGAGAACGAGAGAGCGGCGUUGGGAGCUAACGUGACUCGGAUCACCCUGGAGACUUUCCUGGCCUGGAAGAAGAGGAAAAGGCAGGAGAAGAUUGAGAAAGCGAGGGAGCAGAUGGAGAAGAAGAAGGCCGACUUCAAGGCGGGGAAAUCGCUAACGGUGAGCGGACGCGAGGUGUUUGAGUUUCGUCCAGAUUUGGUGGACGAAGACGACGAUGAAGCCGACGACACUCGAUACAUCAAUGAAGACGAUGAUGAAGAUGAGAACGAAAUGGAGGAGGAUGACUUCGUAGACGUCCAGGACAUCGACCUUUCCCGCUUUGUUCCACAAGAAGUCGACCACACCGUGGGAAUCACCGUCGCCUCCACGGACCGCUUCUCCUCCAGGAGCAAGGCCCGGCCCACAGACCCAGACUCCGGUGAGGAACGCACACAUUUAAGGGAUUCAAGAAAACCAGAUUCUUUUU